UGGGAGUUUUAUUGAGAGAAAGAUAUUAUGAAUUAUUAGGAUCAAAAUAUGACCCAGAUGUUAUAUAUAUGCGUUCAAGUCGAACUAACAGGACAAUUGAUACCGGGCGAUUAAUUGCAGCAGGAAUUUAUCCAGAGCUCCAACCCCCAGCAUUGAAUUCAAAUCGAUUAGGCGACAUAAAAGUAUCGAUUUUUUCAAAACCGUCUUUAGAAGACACUCUUAAUUUUGCGAAUGUUUUAUGCGAAAAUUAUCAUCUCGAUCGAAUGAAAUCUGAUGCUCAAGUAAAUGAGUUACUUGGCCUAGUCACUGAUGUUCAAAAAUUCUUUGAUUACUUGUCACUUCAUACUGGAGUUAAACAUACCCGCAGUGCUCAAAGUUUCGAACUUUAUCAUAACUUUGUUGCGCAGACUAGUCUUGGUCUCCAAUUGGAACCAUGGGUGGACUCUGUUUUUCCAAACGGCAGACUUUUGGAUUUCGCUAGUAUUGAAUACAAGCUCCAAAGUUACACGGCUCGAAUGAAACGUCUUGCAGGUGGAGUUUGGAUAAAAAAAUUUCUAGACAACGCUUAUGAUUUUGUACAUGGGAUGAACACCCACCAAAAAGCAUAUUUUUACAUGGCUCAUGAAUUCCAAAUAGUUGGAAUAUUAAACGCUCUUGGAGUUUACAAUAAACCUCACGUUCCUAGUUAUUUGAGUUCAGUAAUUUUCGAAUUACAUGAAAUUGAAAACACAUUCUAUGUCAAAGUAAUUUACAAGAACGAAAACGCAUUCACAGAUCUCGUGAUCCCGGGGUGUCCAGAGUCACUUUGCGAACUUGGAACAUUUAAAGAGGUUUUAGAAAAUGUAAUACUCGAAGAUUUCAGUACAGAUUGCGGAAGACGAGGAUACUUCCGUGAUUCUUUUUAUUAAAUAAAUAUGUGCCUCCAAAAACGUCAAAUAAAAAUAUUUAAAAUUAUUUUCCGCACGAAAAAAUAUAUAUCCCGGCAAAAUAGUAUAUAUCCGGCUUGUAUCUUUACACUGUAAAAAGAGCGGUGUUAAAAAUGGACUCAUUUUAACUCCGCCCGGUGUUAAAAUAAAAUUACACCGGUGUUAAAUCGGGGUAACCGGUGUAAAAGCGGAGUAAAAUCGGUGUAAAGGCGGGGUAACCGGUGUAAAAACGGAGUAACAUCGGUGUAAAAGCGGGAUAACCGGUGUAAAAUCAGGGUAAACUGCGUCCGCUUGGAUUAUUAACUUUAAAGAUUAUAAAACACAAAUAAUGUCAGUUCUUUAUGAAAAUCAAUAAAAAAUAUCAUUUUUUAACAAGUAUAGUGAUCGAGUAAGUAAAAAUAUUCACUAAGUAAAAUAUUUUAACACUGGUAAAGGAUAUCUACACCGGCGGCGGCGUUAUUUUAACACCGGUAUAGAAUAUUUACACCGGUGGCGGCGUUAUUUUCACACCGGUCUAGAAUAUUUACACCGGUGACGGCGUUAUUUUCACACCGCUUUCAGGGGUAAAUUUAACACCGAUAAUUUUAACACCUACACCGUUUGGACUUG